AUGCCUCCAAAGCGGCUCCCACCUCUACAAGAAAAACCCGAGAUAGUACUGGGCUCGCGAUCGAGCGGUACAGGUUCACCUUAUCGCCAAGCUGCGUCGCGAGGGGGAGGUCGUGUGCUGUUAGCAGCUGGAAAAGCCUUGAAGAAAGGUAGAAUAAGAAAGAAAAAGGAUGGAGAUGAUGAUGGUGAAAGCGAUGCAAGCGGAAAUGAAGAUGAGAAUGACAGUGGGGAUAGUGAGAGCGAAAGUGAGAGCAACGGAAGUGAGGAAGAGGAUGCGGUAGAAGACGAAGUUGCAGAUGACGAAGACGACGACGAUGAUGAUAAUGAUGAUGACGACGACGAUGAGGAACAUGAGAAAGCAUCCGAUUUCAUUGCAUCGCUUCAUGCCUCCAUCAAUGCAGCAGCAGCGGCGGCCUUGGAAUCUCAACCCCACGAUGCUCGAAGGGAACACUCCCUUCUUCCUUCAACAGGUGCUCCAAACCCUCCGCGACCCCGUCGACAAAAGGCUGUUCGACGUCCUUCUGCGCGCCGCGAAGCCAUUCGACUAUCACAUGCCCCGGUAAAACUAACAGGCUCCCAGUUUGAGCUAUUCACCGCCUCAACAGGCGGGGGAAUUCGAACUGGCGAUCCCUAUGCUCGAUUUUUAAUAGGCCCCAGGACCGAGCGAUUACAGGUCCCGACAGUCGAGGAAGCAGGACGGUCAAAGACAGAUCGGCAAAUGGCAGCCAAAGGCUUGAUGGUUGGCAAAGCACCUGCUGGCGGGAUAAUAGCGCGCUCCUUCCCCGUGAGCAAAAGGAAGCGAAAGCAAAUGCAAAUGGCUGAGAUCAAAGCCGAGCUAGUAAGCAAGUGGGAGAGGUUGGAGGACUUGAGGUUACAAAUCAUUGCCCGGAUGAAGUCUCUCAAGCAUUACCACGGAGAACUACAGUCACUAAAGGACGAAAAUAAGCAGCUAAAGGAAGAGCAUCAACGCAUCACAGCGGAAAUGAAUACGCGAGUUUCCGAGAUAUUAGAUUCCAAUGAUGACCAAAACCGUACUAUCCUUCAAGUGCACCGCGAACGAAAACAGCAACGUGCAAAACUCGAACGUGAUAUGGCCAGGUUCCACGCAGCCGCGGACGAACGUAUUCAAGAGCUAGAAAAAGUCGUGCGAGAACGUCAAAGCAGCCUCGAAGAAGCUGAACGGGAUUUGGAGGAGCUUGUUGAGUUUGAGAAUUUGGUCGACAUAGACCCAGAUGCAAUGUCCAAGCAAAUCUCUGCCGUCCAGGCCCGCAGAGAUGCCCUUCUUGUUGAGCAUGAGCGCAAGCUAGCGGCAUUAAGCGAGCACGCUGAGACCGAGGGAAAAGAAUCGGAGCAGCUGUUUGUUGACAAAAUAAUGGCCAUUAUUGACCAGGAGAAGUCGCAACUGACGUCAACAUUUGACGACGUACUGAAAGUGUCCGUGAAAAUUAACAAACGGCUACGACGAGAAAUCGCCCUCCAGCAAGAGCACCAACUGAAAAUAGAGCUGGAAAUCGAAGCUAAAAUGGCCGAACAGCGACGGGCCUUCGAAAUGAAGCGUAAGAUGGUGGAUACCCGCCGGAAAGUGCUCCAAUUGUCCAAAUUUAUGACUUGCACACCAGAUAUGGAGUUCAGCGUCGGUGAUGUGUUCACUGAAAGGAAUACCUCUAAAGAUGACAGAGUAGUUUCUACAGCGCUGGCCGCAUCAUCUUAGUGAUAGGCAUAAUCAUUGAUUAAAGAGGCACGGUAAAUAUUGUUUUGUGAUAUAAUUUUAAGAGCUUCGCACCCG